GCUCAGCUGUUUCAAUUGCUAUUGUUGUUGUUAUUGCUUAUUGUUAAAUAUUUACAAAAAGUACGGGAUGCUGCAUUGGAUUCUCGCAUUUCUCUAAUUUACAAUGCGCUUAAAUGAGCACACGAAACUAAUUGGUCAACGCGUCGUGCUGGUGCCCUACGAGGCCCGACACGUUCCUAAAUAUCACGAAUGGAUGAGCAGUCCCACACUGCGCAGCCUGACAGCAUCCGAAGAGCUGACGCUAGAGGAGGAGUACGAAAUGCAAAGGAGUUGGCGCGAGGACACUGACAAGCUUACAUUCAUUGUGCUGUGCGCCGAGACCUAUGCGAAGACAAACGAUGAGAUUGCCGCCAUGCUGGGCGAUACAAAUCUAUUUGUGCGCCAAGAUGACGAUGAGCCGCAGCAAUAUGUGGCCGAGGCUGAGAUAAUGAUAGCUUCGCCCGAGGCGCGUGGUAAAGGAUAUGGUCGCGAGGCAAUGCUGCUAAUGCUGAAAUAUGCCCAACAGCAGCUUCCCCUAGGCAAAUUCGAAGCCAAGAUAGACAUGGACAAUGCCGUGUCGCUGCGUUUAUUCAAAAGCUUUCAGUUUAACGAGGUGCGUCGCGUGGAGGUCUUCCACGAAGUGACACUCGAGCGUCUCAUAACGGAUGACUGGCUAUCCUGGCUAGAUGCACAGGUGCAGCUAAGAGCCGAGAAAUAUCUAAAUUCUUGACACCAUUAAUAAUUAAAUUAAGUUUAUGCUGUUUAUUACAUUUAUAUUACAACUACUUUUUUGCCUUACUUGCCUUCAAGAUGUUGCACACUAUCUUUGCUCUGGCUGUAGUCGUUGCGUAAGUAAUGCUGUGUGUGUGGGUGUGUGUAUACGGUAGGGUGGGUUUACGAAGUGUAUGUGGCAGGAAAGGCAUUGCCCAAGUCAGUUAUCAAAUGUUUAUAUGUAUACAUAUAUGCAUAUAUAUAUGUGUUUGUGUGGGUGUAUGUAUGAUACAUAAAACUAGUUGGCUUAAUGUUUGACAGCGCUUUGUUUUGUUUCAAUUUUUUAUAAAAAUUAUUAUUAAAUAAUUA